UCUACCAUCUAAUGCGAAUGGAGACCCAAGCUUUCGCCUCCAUUAGAUCCCUUCAUUGCUUCGGGACCAUCUCAUGGCGACGCCGCCGCCGCCGCUGCACCUGCUGAGGCUGGUGAUGAGCUGCCGCAAGAUAACGGCGGAGGUCAUCGCCCCUCAGUCGUCGACGAUCGUCGCCAUGGCAUCCUCCGACGAGCCCGAGUUCUUGACCCUGAACCGCGCCCGGAUCAACCGGUUCGCCCCGACUCGGCUCUUAUGGGAUGCCCGCGUCGCCGCCCGGGUCGGCGAGAAGCUGGGUAUCCGCCUCCGCGAGAUCGGCGUGUCCAACAUCGAGAUCGACCCACUUGAGUUCUCCCGCGCGCCGCACCUGCGACGCCCCGCUGCCUCCCUCUUCGACUCCGUCGAGCGCGCCGGCAUCUGCGUCGCCGGCUCCGAUAAACUCCAUUGGCCCUAAAUGGCGUCCGAUCUCCGACCCUACUCUCGUUCCUUCCUCAAUUCACGAUUUGUGGCCAGGAUUACAAUAUCCCAUUUCAUGCAUGCUGAAGAUGCUGCUUCAACCUGAUUGAAGGACUUGGGUUCAGAACCAUAUCAAACUUUCUGCUGUGACUUGCUUAUAGAAUAGGCUUUUGUUCAGAACCAUAUCAAACCACAUCAAGAGAAGAAAAACAAGAAGAAUAAUUUUGAGUGAAUUAUCCUGCAAAGAGUUUCCAUGAGACACAAUGGCUUGAUGGUUUGUGAAAAGGAAAAGAUGAGCUAUUACAGUAGAAAACAUUGCAACCAGGAGAAAGCAGAACUCAACCUAUCACUAACCAUCUGCAUGAGCUUCGACAAGAAUAACCAAUAUAUCACAGCAUCAUAUACAAGGAACACAUUGAUGUGGCUCAAAACCUGGAGAAACCUAUUUCAAUAGGAAAUGUCAAUAUGGUUAUGAUCCUCAAGUGAAGGCUAGAGUUACAAUGUCCAAACUUUUCUAAUCCUAUGCAAUGUUGAACCUAAUUUUAUAUGUGUAUAUAUAUGAAAGUAAACCUGAUAUUUGGA